AUGGAGGCCGAGCGGCCAACAGGUGAAGAGGAGAGGCUUGAUAAGAUGGGUACCGGAGGCGACGCGUGCGAGGUGCAGGAGGAAGCGGGUGUUGAAGAAGCGGGCGAAGACGACGGAGGGGGUGGAGGCAAGAAGACGGGCUCGCUGGCUCCGUCUCUCCUCGCGCUUCACCCUUCAGGCUCGCCUGUCUUCGCCACCGCGGGUGCCGCUGUCCGAGGCUUCGAUAUUAGUUCGGGAUCUGCAGUCUCGUUCAAGAGCAGCGACGGUUCGGAGCGGGCAGUGGCUCAUACCGACGCCGUGCGAGCCAUCUGCGUGGACCCCACCGGCCGUGUCAUGGCGACGGCGGGCGACGACAAGAUCGUCAAUCUCUGGGUCAGGGAGGAGCAGUCUCCGUCAAACAGCUGGAUAUGCUGCCAUAAAGAGAAAGUGUCCAAGCGAGUGAGCGCCAUGGGGUUCAGCAGCGACGGUUGCUGGCUGCUCUUCGCCGACAAGUUCGGCGUCGUUCACGCUCUCGCCGUGCCGUCGCACACCGACCUCGCUGCGCAGAACGGAGAAGGAGGCGAAGGCAAGCGAGCGGUGGAGACCGCGAAGCAGCUGCUGGGCCACUGCUGCAGCAUCAUCACCUGCCUCGCGGUGUCGCACGGCAAUCGCUUCAUCGCUACCGGCGAUCGGGACGGAAAGAUUCGUGUGUCGGUAUUUCCGGACCAUCCUCUAGAAGGCGCGCAUGAGAUCCAGAGCUUCUGCCUCGGACAUACAGGUUUCCUGACAGCACUAACCUUUGUUUGCGAGCCUGCGCGAGCCAAGCACUGCGAAACUGAUGGCGCCGUUGCUGCCGCCGAUGGGUCGCAACAGCUGCUUCUUUCCGCCGCGGCUGACGGAACGGUGCGCCUGUGGGAUCCGUCAGACGGCCGCUGCCUCCAGGUGCUGCGUAUGCCGCCUCCGCCCACGCCUGCGCAGGCGGAAGGGCCGUCCCCCAUGGCGGUCGACUCCGCGGGUGCGCGCGGAGAACAAGCGGAAGCAGAGGCGGGAGGCACGGCGGAGACCGAGGGUGUAGCAAAUCCUGAAGAAGACGCGGGAGGGAGCAGGGGUGGGAAGGCAGGAUCAACAGCGGAUGGUUCGUCGCUGGUAGCAGUGGCGGUCGAUCCAAGUGGCUGUUUGGUCGCUGGAGCUGUUGCUGGCUCGCCACGCGUUUGUCUGCUCCGCUUCGACUCUGCCGCGCGCACACUUCAACUCGCUCAGUGCAUUACGCUCAACUAUGGAGUACCAGCCACCAGCCUUGCCUUCGCUCCGGAUGGCAAGAUCUGGACUGUAGCAGGAGCUGCAGAGUCGCUUCCGAGCGAGGACAAGGAGCAAUCGGUAAAGAUCACCAAGAACAGCACCAGCAAGAGCAGCAAGAGCAGCCAGCCAUGGAUGUCAGAAUCCACGGAUGGGACUGGCGGGGAACAAUCCAUCCUAGCGUCCAACCUGCGUCGCUUCACGUACAAGGAGCUGCAGGCCGCCACCAACCGGUUCCGCGAUGAGAGCGUGCUGGGCGCGGGCAGCUUCGGCAAGGUGUACCGCGGAGCCAUGGAGGAGUGGAUGGGCGAGCUGCCCAAAGGGGAGAAGCGGCCGCUUGCCAUUAAGAUGCUGGACGAAGAGAGCUUUCAGGGCUUCGGCGAGUGGAUGGCGGAGGUGCUACUGCUGGGGCGGCUGCAGCACCCGAACCUGGUGCGGCUGCUGGGGUACAGCACGGACAGGGACGAGGCAGUGCUGGUGUACGAGCUGCUGGAGAACGGCAGCCUCGACUCGUGGCUCUUCCCAGACGACCACACGGGAGUGUACAAGCACCGCCCGCUCACCUGGGAGGAGCGUGUGCGGAUAGCGCUGGACGCCACGCAGGGCCUGGCGUAUCUGCACUCAGAGAACGUGAUUCACCGCGACUUCAAGUCCUGCAACGUGCUGCUCGAUAAGGACAUGCGGGCGAAGCUGACGGAUUUUGGCAUGGCAACGAUGGGGCCGGAGUCAGGGCAGACACACAUCUCCACGCGUGUCAUGGGCACCAUGGGGUACCUCGACCCCAAGUACCUCGAAACAGGUCAUCUCACCCCAAAGAGUGACAUCUACGCUCUCGGAGUGGUCUAUUUCGAGCUCCUCACUGGCCGGCCUCCUUCGUCUGGAGGUGAAACUGAGGACUGCAAGCUGACGACAUGGGUGCGCGCGCAUGUGGCACAGCGCCGCCCGAAUCUCGAGGCAGUCAUGGACGAGCGGCUAGAGGACAAAUAUUCCCGCGUGGGUGCGCAGAAACUGCUCGUUCUCGCGAAGCACUGUAUCAACGAGGAUCCGGCCGGGCGACCACAGAUGGAGAAUCUAAUCAAGACUCUGCAGCAGCUGAUGACGCUGCCUGUUGGGGACGAGGGGAAUGUCCCCACGAUCCUUCCGCUGCCUUUCCCCCACUCCACCACAACAGCUUCCCCCCUCAUCCUCCUCUCCUUCCGUCGCUCCCCCCGCACGCGCACCAUCUCCCGCUUUCCCACUAUCAGCUCCCCCAUCUCCCCUCGCUCCCCAUGUCCGCGCCUUUUCCGCCUCAUUUUGCGCCCGCGGGGGAACUUUUCCCUCACCCGCACGCGCACUUGGCGCAUCUCCCGUUUCCCCACUAUCCGUACAUUUCCCCCUUGCACCACGCGGGAUAUGCGGUCGCGGCUCACGGCAAUCUCGACGGAAUCGCGGUCGGGCACUCCGGCGCGAUUACCGGCGGACUCUCCAGCACAAUUCCUGGCGCAAUUCCCGCGCUCCCCCGGGGAACGCCUCCGAUAA